AUGCCGAUCGUUGAUUUGUUAAAACGGUUUAUUCGUGGCGAAGAAAAAAAAAUUGCGACGAAAUUUAUACCAUCAAUUGUGAAAUUGGAAACAAAUGUUAAUGAAUAUUGGUCGCUGAAAGGUGUGAUUGGCGAUGGCGCAUUUGGUAGCGUUUAUAAAGCAAUUAAUCGAGCAAAUAACAAUUUAAUUGCUGCUGCUAAGGCUAUCGAUUUGGAUGAUGAAGAAGGCACCGAUGUUAUGAUCGAAGUUGAGAUAUUAGCACGAUGUAAACAUCCAAAUAUUGUUCAGCUUUACGACGCAUAUACUAUGGGCAAUAGGAUAACGUUAUUAUUAGAAUUUUGUGGUGGUGGGGCGAUUGAUACUAUAAUGAUCGAGUUGUCACGUGGGCUAACUGAGGUGCAAAUCCAAUACGUUAUGAAAGAAAUCUUGAAAGCCAUAUGUUUCUUGCAUGAAAAAAAUGUAAUUCAUCGUGAUUUGAAAGCUGGUAAUGUACUCCUAACGAAUGACGCUAAAGUUAAACUUGCGGAUUUUGGUGUAUCAGCUUUGUGUAAAGAUGCUAGGGAAGAACGAUCUACUUUUAUUGGAACACCUUAUUGGAUGGCCCCUGAAGUGAUGCUGUGUGAAACAUUCCCAGAAAAACGAUAUACCAAAGUUGCCGACAUUUGGAGCUUCGGAAUUACUUUAAUUGAAAUGGCUGAAGAAAAACCGCCAUAUGCAGAUAUGAAUCCUGCUAAAGUUAUAUUUAAGGUAAUCAAGGCUGAACCACCGACUUUUGAAAAGCCCCAUUUAUGGUCGUCAAUUUUUCGAGAAGUUGUUUCCAAAUGUCUUGUCAAAGAUCCACUGAAUCGUUGUUCUGCAGCCGAUUUGUUAUUUCAUCCAUUCUUCAUUAGGGAUGGUGAUAGCGAUUCAGUGAAGCGAUUAAUUUGUGAAGUGAAUGCUGAACAGAUUACCACUGAAUUAGUGGAAACAGAUAUGGAUGAAGAUGAUGACACAUCAUCAUCAAUUGAUGUAAACAGUGGUGAUGUGAAUAAUGAAAUCACUGAGGUUUUUCUUCUCACUGUAUCAUGA